CGACGAGUGGUCCGAGAACUACGAGGAGAUGAUGAUCUGGAAAGGCGGGUACCGUGGCCCCGCCAUCACGCUGGAGGAGGCGCUGCGUUGGGUACCCCCGGAGCGGCGAGCCAAGGCCAGGGUGCUGGACGUGGCCGCCGGGACGGGCUGCGUGGGCCGCGAACUCCACCGGGAAGGCUUCAGGCACAUAGACGCUGUGGACCCGUCGGAGGGCAUGAUGAAGCAACGGGAGACUGGCAUCUAUACCAACGACUUCCUGGAGUUUAUCGGCAGCGGACACUCCACCGUGCCCAAAGGAGGCUUCGUGAUCAUCGUGAUGCGCCAUGAGCACCUACAGACCGUGCCUUCCUACAAGGACAAGCUGGAGCCUUACAUGGACCAGCUGGAGGCGGACGGGAAGUGGAAGAAGGUGGAGCGGCGCACCGUCCCAAACUAUUUCUGUGACAAGGAGGGUCUCGUCUUCGUCUUCCGCAUCACUAAGCCUGAGUGAGGAGGAAGAGGAGGGAAGGGAAAGGAGAGAGAUGAGGAGGAAGAGUUAUAGUUGUGCUGUGCCAAGGCCGUCUCUGUGUUGCAGCCUUGGCUUUCGUCGCGGCACCCGAGACUGAGGUGUGAAUUAUCGAGGUCUGGCAACCUGGUGUCAUGGCGUCUACGAUGUUAUAUGAUAGUCUACGCAUAGGACACAUUUGUCAGUAUUAAUCAUAUUAUUGAAAUUGUCGUAAAAAUCUCUUUUAGUUUAUAAGACUGAGGCUGCAGAAUGCUUAACCUCAGACCUUGCUAUCAUCUCCAAUUGGGAUAAAAGGAAUGUCUGGUCUGGGUCUUGGGGUCUUGAUGAUGUACAGACAUGUAUAUAUAUAAUAAACGGGUGUUUAAUUCCCCUCAGGAUCAUGUUAAUCUUUGUUUGUUUCUCAAGUUAAUUUAAGUGAUUACUCUUCCUAAUUUUAAAUGUGUCUGCUGUUCCUAAUUUAUAAUGUGUCAGCUGUUCCUAAUGUAUAAUGCGUCUGCUGUUCCUAAUCUUAAAAGCGAUUGCUGUUCCUAAUUUUAAAA